GUUUAACGUGGGAAGACGAUGUCACCCAGCAGGUUCUGUUCAAAGAAUUAUCCAAACUGAGAAGGAUUCCUUACCAGCCACAGCAGAAAGGCCCAGUUCACAGCAGCAACAGCAGGCCGGCGGCCGAAGUGAUGGACCCGGURGAUCACCAAGUGAAGCCGGUGGAGGUGGAACUGAACAGAAAUCUGCAGACGUACCUCCAACGUUUGGGUCUCCUUCCCACGACGUCUUCAUCCAGCCUGGGUAAACCUGGCAAGCUGCUGCAGAAAGCGGGACCUCCGUCCAGCUCCCUGCUCGCCACACAGGCUGACGCUGACCUUCUCCUGGGCGCCCUGAGGCAGUAUCUCUCUGGGCAUCUCUUCCAGCCCAGCGGGGGGAGGAACCCCCCCGAGCAGGAGGCCUCCUCUCUGCGCCUCAGGCCGUUCUACAACAAUGCCUUGGGAAAUCCCGAGCUCAAAAAGGAGACUUCCAAACCCAGGCUUCUGAAGACGGGGAGAACUCAGGGGGCUCCAGCCAAGCAGCCGCUCACGUCUGUGGACGAGAAGUUCAUUGAGAACGUCGUGAAGAACGUCGGAAGGCAGCAUCUAAACGUGGACAACCUGACGCCGCAGGACCUGGACCAGCUGUCCAGCCUGAUAGCCGACGCUCUGCUGGUGGUCGACCAGGAMCCAGGACUCAACAGGGGACUGUCCCGGGACAGGGGACUUGGACUGAGAGACCUGGAGGAAGAACCGAGCCACUCAAAUGAAGAGGAAGAUGAGAAACUCCUGCUGAAGUCUGAACCAACCCUGAAACCACAGGAGAGCCCCUCUGUGUCCCUGACGGCCCCUCAAGAGCGCCACACAGAUGCAGAGGAGGUUAACUUGAAGGAUGCGACAAAGACCAGCAGCCUUUUGUCCAAACUCCUCACCUACCUGGAUAAAACCCCCUUCACCGGUCCUCCUUCGGUGAGGAGCCGCUACGACGUAGCUGUGGAGACGGGCAGAGGCCGGCAGGUGGGCCUGGAAAAUGUCCAGAGUCGCACCAGCGAGGCGGCGGUGACGGUGCAGAAGAAGGACGCCACCCAGUCUGUGGAGGAGGUGUCGGAGGUGGAGGGCUGGAUCAAGGAGGUGGCGCCUCCUCCGGCGGCGCUGGUCUACGAGGAGCCGCACAAGAAGACGAUGCAUGCUCCCGAGCUUCAGCUGGACGUCAAAUCCAGCAGGAAGAAAGCCGACGAGGACGUCUUUGGUUACGUCAUCACGGACACAGAUCGGCUCCAGACAGACGAAGGCCUUCAGCUGAUGGAGAUCUUGGCCCGGCGUGCAAACCUGCACAUGACGGAUAUGGCUGAAGUUUUCUUCUCUAAUUUUAAAGAGCUGGAGAUGCCUGUAGAGGAACUCCCUGUCUGUAAACUGAGGCUUCAGCUCUGAAUGUCUCGAUCUAAAAGUCCCAUCAAAGAAAAAAACAUGGUCUAACAUUCCUAGAACAACCUAUUUGCACGUGAUGUCACGCUCUCCACKCCACCAUGACAGAYGUCAAAACAACCUACAGUAUACGCAUGUCAGCUCUGAUACAGCUAGUCAAAAAACACCUGGUAGCCUAAUAUCACUUUUAUUUAAUUGAUUUAUCUGUAAAAAUGGUCAUAGGGUGCUGCAUGGUCAGCUGCACGGACAAGGAAACAAAUCAAACCUGUUUUAUUGCACAGCUUUGGAUGAAGACAGAAAACAGGACUGGCAGCCCUCACUGUAUUCAUGGAUUAGUAGCUAGCAGUUUUACAAGGAAAGCUCAACGUUGCGAUGUUUUAUAAUAGUGCUAGACAAUAAUUCAAUAUCUUUGUCRGGGUAAAAAUGUUUCGAUAUGACUUUUAAAGAAAUUUGAUCCACAGACGUCUACACUUUUUGAAUAUUUUGUAAAUAUGUGUAAGUUUAAUAAUGUAAGAAAUCCACAAUUUUCUGUUUUUUUUUUUUCAGUCAGUGUUUAACACAGCUGGCACAAUAAAUUUUAUAAUAUAUA